GGGGUGCGCAUCUGCGGGCAAGCAUUGACCCAAGCCUUUUGUUUUCUCCGCAGCCACAUGUCCGGAUCGGAAUCCGAAGCCUUGGCGCCGCCUGUGGGCACGCCCACUGCAUCCCCCAUCCACGACCGCAUCUCGGCCUCGGUUUUGCGCUCCCUGCUGCAGUGCCCACCGAGGGCUUGCAAGAUCUGUCGCUUGGGGAAGCGCAAGUGUGACAAACAGCAUCCGGUAUGCGGACGUUGUAAGAGGCUUAGCCUCAGUUGUUCGUAUGAGGAACUAGAUAUUAUUCAGAACGCCACUGCCAAGGGCAACCAUAUGCUUGCACCCAAGAACGAUAGCGCCGUGGGUACCCAGCAAGUUUCACUGGCCCUUCCUGUGGAGCUCGAAGUCCCAGGAUCCUACCCCAUCCAGGAACGUUGGUACAUGCCUUUCCUACUGCAACAAUUCCGGCAAGAUUUUGGCAUGUCCAAGAUGGCCGUUGAUUCCAAGAGCAUUGCGUACCAGAUGCAGACGAUCUACGUCCAACAAAGUUUAUGUGACCCUUGCAUGUUCCACGCCACAAUGUUCGCAGCAUCCGCCCACCUGGAUGCAGCACGGAAUGACCGAGACAAUCCAAUCACACUUUACCAUCAGACGGAGACGCUACACCUCGUUAGGAAACGGAUCGCCCAGGCGCAGGAUGGUGUUUACGAGGGGCUGGAUGGGGCGAUUGCGGGUGUGAUUCCGCUUGCGUUUUUCACUUAUCUUUCGGGCGAUAUGACCGAGUCAAAGAACCACCUCGACGGCGUCGUGCAGAUGAUGGCAGCCAAGGGGGGUUGUGGUACUCUCGGCCUGAAUGGUCUUCUGGAGAGACUGGUCACUCUGAGUGCCUUGGUCUUCACCAUUGUGUUCGACCAACCCUAUCUCGAGCUCUCGACCCUAGGCUGGACAGAGUGGCCCUUGCGACCACCACUGAGGUAUAUUUCCAAGCUUACAUCAGAAGUCCUAGGGGCAUAUAGCGAAGACAAGCUCCCAAAGCUGGCCAAUGAGAUCGUGCACGACAUAUACGACGCCACGCGGUCCUUCUGUACACCAUCACACAACCGCCACCGGCGGGCAUACAUCGACUCUCUGUUCGAUCGAUGGCGCUCGGAGCGAGAGAGCUACGAGAGCGGUAUGGACUCGCCGGAAUUCACAGCAGACCGAUCAAAAGAAUGCCAGAACCCGAUAUAUCGCGCCGUGUAUCUCUCGGGGAUCCUAUUCUUUCUGAUGCUCGACGACAGCGACCAGACUCCCGACUCGGUCUUUGCGCAAUGCAGGUUAUUGGAGGAGCUGAGGAUUGUGCUGCGAGAUACAAAGGAUACGAUUUGGCUAGAUGCCUCCCCUCUUCUGUUCUCAUGGAUUUGCCUGACGAGUGCGGCGGCGUCCGAGGGGACUCAUCAGCGUGCUUGGUUCUACUAUCGUCAGGGACCUCUUUUCAUGGCGCUGGUAAAUGGGGCGUCGUGCAUACAGGAUGUGCUGUCCUACUAUAGCUGGUUGAAAAAUCGCGCAACGCAUGUUUAACUAUGAGGCAGUCUUUCUAGUUAGGUUCCCAUUAGAAAAUUUACCCAGUAACUG